AAGCGGCCCGCGGGGCGCUGAGGGCUGGGCAAGGGAUGGGGGAAAAGGGCCGCGCAUGCGCGCUGCGCCGCUGUGCCUCAGGGGCCGGCGCCAUCUUAGGGCCUGAGGGGCGGGGUGCGCAUGCGCAGUGCGCCGCUGCUGCUCCUCAGGGGCCGGCGCCAUUUUGGAGCCUGAGGGAGACGGGGGGGAGGGCGCGCAUGCGCGGUGCGCCGCCGCUGCCUCGCCUCAGGGACCCGGCGCCAUUUUGGAGCUGUGGAGGUCCGGUCAGGGACAGGGGCAAUGCAGAGUUCUGGUCAAGUCGGCCCUGCUGUAGGAUAGAAAAAGAAGUUGACGUGCCAUUCGUGCUGCUAAAUAGCUGGCUCUGCAAGGCAGAUGCACCUGUUGGAGGCACCUCAGAGAGUUUUAGAUUGCUGACCCUGAGACCUGUGACCAAAUGUAUGAGAGCUUACUCAGAAUCCACACCAACUACUACAAAAACAAGUAUCCACGCCUGAAAGAAACAAGCUUCACUGGAGUGACAGUGCAAGAUUGCAAGAUGAUUCUAGC